CUGCGCCUGUAUUGCCUGGUGGAGCGCAGGAUCAAGGGCGACGGCAACUGCCAGUUCCGAUCCCUGUCGGACCAGCUGUUCAGGACGCCGCGGCUGCACGGGUUUGUGCGGGAGCGGGUGUGCAAGCAGCUGGCCACCGAGCCGCAGCGCUACUCUGGGUUUGUGCCUGGCGGGUACCAGCAGUACUGCGCUGACAUGGCACGCAGCGGGACCUGGGGGGACCACGUCACGCUGCAGGCCGCCGCCGACCACUUUGGCCUGCGCAUCUUUGUGCUCGCCUCCUACCACUCCUCGGCGGUGCUGUGGAUCGACCCGCAGGAGCAGCGCAGCCGCCGCGUGCUGUGGCUGAGCUUCUGGGCGGAGGUGCACUACAACUCGCUGUACCCCGAG